AUGACCACCUUUGAAAACACCACGACUAACAAUUACAACUAUGGUCACAACGCGUCCUACUGCAAAUUUCGAGAGGAGUUUAAGUAUAUCCUCCUUCCAGUCAGCUAUGCCCUGGUCUUUGUGGUUGGUCUGGCUUUGAACUCAACAGCCUUGUUUGUGAUUGUGUUCCGCACUAAGCGCUGGAAACCAUCCACCAUCUACAUGUUCAACUUGACGAUGUGCGACACUCUCUACAUCUUCACCUUGCCCUUCCUCGUCUAUUACUACGCAGAUGAGAACGACUGGCCUUUCAGUGAAGCGCUCUGCAAACUCAUACGUUUUCUGUUUUAUGCCAACUUAUACGGUACAGUUCUGACAUUGCUCAUCACACAAACAGACAAAAAAAAUGGCAUUGAUGAACUUUUUAUUACAUUGAGAAGAAAGAAAGUCUUGAUGAUGAUAUGUAGUAGAACGUGGAAUAUUUUUAAUGGGAUUUUUAGCUUUUAUAUUGUACAGCAUUCAAAUUUAAUGUAAUAUAAAUGUCUGAUAAUCAAACACAAAAUAUUUUAGGAUGCUAUCCUAUACUGUGCCAAAAAUUGUGUGACUCUGUUGCACUAGCAUUUAAUAAAAAUCAGAUUAUGUGUUAUUUGCCAGAGGAGCAGACAGCCUUGGAAAGAAUGCAAAAUAACAAGGACAUUACUCUACAUACAAAUAUAUUCAUUUCUUAAUAAUAAAGAGAAUAUGUAGCUCUUUUUAACAAAUGCUGAUGCCAAAAAAAGGAAAGAUUUUUAUAUAUUAAAAGGUCUCAUCAUUGUAUGAAAACCCAUGUCUCUCACUGUGGCAGGUUCCAUCCUGUUUCUGUGCUGUAUCAGUCUACAUCGCUUUAUCGGCAUUUGCUACCCAAUGCGAUCCUUAAACUGGGUCAGUGCACGGCGGGCCAAACUGGUGUCUGUGGCAGUGUGGGCGAUUGUUUUGUUCUGCCAGGCACCCAUCCUCUACUUCUCCAGAAUCAGGUGGUUAAAAGCUGUCUCAUUUUACCUUUUCUUUUCUCUAUCAUUCAGUCUCCUACUAUCUUUUUUCAUCAGUUCAGUCCUCACUUACUUAUUGCCCCUGUCUUACUCUGCCAUUAACGUGUCUUAUCUUAAUGGGCCUUAAAGGGGCACACUUAAACAACUCUUCCAAUCAUUGAAUCUUAUCACCUUUUUCAGACUCUUAUGUCCUUGAGUCCAUGUUAGCAGUUUCAUUAAAUUAUAAAAACCGCAUUAUUUAUUGUCUUCUUAACCAGGGAUCAGAAAACUGAGAGAGUCUGCUAUGACACUACAAGCCCGGAGCUUUUUGAUGACUUCCUGGUGUACAGCUCGAUCGUGUCAGUCCUCAUGUUCGCCCUGCCCUUCAUGGUGGUGAUGGUGUGCUAUGGCCUCAUGGUGCGGAAGCUUCUGGAGCCUGGUUGGGGAUCUGAAGGAGGGCCCGAUGGUGAGAGAGGAGGCCUGUCAGCCCAACGCACCAAGCAGAAGUCGGUGAAGAUGAUCAUCAUAGUGCUGGGAACAUUUAUGCUCUGCUUCCUCCCCUUCCAUCUCACAAGGAGUCUCUACUACUCCUUUAGAUACCUGAGGCAGAUCAAUCCAGCACAGGUGAGGACAAACUCUUAUUUUGAUGAUCGCUUUGUUAGAAUAAUUAUAAAAACUCACUAUGUCACAUUUUUAUGUGCUCAUCAGAUCAGCUGUACAUUACUAGAGGCCUCCAGUGUGGCCUAUAAAGUAACCCGACCUCUGGCCAGCGCCAACAGCUGUCUGGACCCCAUCCUCUACUUCCUGGCUGGGCAGGAUGCUCGCAGCAAUCUCACCAAAAAAGGCAGGGCGUCCUCUUCAAAAACAACAAGUGUGAGCCGACGCUUGACAACAAAGCUGUGAUUUAAUACCUGAAACUGCCUGGGUAAAACCUCAGCAUGUUGUGGGUUCUCAACUCUGCAGUUACUGGAUUAUAGAAGCAAAUGUAAAUCAAAACAUCUAGGCUGUCAAAAAGGAAGACUGAGUGUAACCAUGUGGAGUCAAACACAUCGCAUUCACCAACAUUAAACCAGUGAAAAUGCAUUUUGACAUUUACCCUAUGUGUAAAUUCUGACCGAGCAAUAAUGACUGAAAGUAAUGAAUGACCUCUGAAAUUAACAGUAAAUUAUGCAUUGUUUUUCUGACAUAAGGCAUUAAGGGUUACAUAAAGUGUUCUGUAGGUGAAAUGUAUAAGGUUAAAAAGACAAAGACAAAAGGUGCCUUACAGCAUUUGUUGGUAAUUAUACUGGACAACACUACAACUGAGAUUUGUGUGCCUGUAUGGAGACAUGUUGGUUUCCCUUCACUGAAUAU